AUGUCACAAAAUCUUGAUAUCUCUUUUUCUAUUCCAAAUCUAGCAAAUGAUAUGAGUAAAGUCAUAACUGAUCUCAUAAAACAAGCAAAACAAUCCAAAGCUAUUUUAAAUUGGGAUGAAGAAUUUUUGAGUUUUGAAGUUAAAAAAGAGUUUACAAUCAUCCCAGUCACUUGUACUCAACAAAGAUCAACUAUGAAAUUAAUCAGUCUUGAGAGAGAACUCGAGAGUUCUAUUCUUGAAGAUAAUGAUAAUGAAUAUGAAUUUAAAGAAGAGAAGUUAGUUGACCAGUCCCUAUAUAUAGUAUAUGAAGAGCAAAGUGAGCAGCUUGUACUGAAAAUAGAAGUUCAAGAAAAUCUUAUAAAAAUUAAUGAUGAAGUCAUUGAACUAGAAGAAAAAGAAAGAAUUCAUCAAGAAAGAUUAAAAGACUAUAAUGGCUGCAUUCAUAAUAGAAAAGAAAAUAAUUAUAUUCAAUAUAAGAAAGAACAAGAUAUAUAUAGAUAG